AUGGUCGGUGCCGCCGCAGGCGAAAUUGGACUGUCACUCUGCAAGUGGGCGCUCAAUAAUGGUGCCAAACACCUAGUCAUCACCUCCCGCAACCCCAGCUUCGGCCCCAUCUUCCUAUCUGGCGCGGAGCGUCUCAGCGCUUCUGUCCGCGUUCUCCCGAUCGACGUCACUUCUCGAGAAUUCGUUGAGGGCGUGGUGCGGCAAAUCCGUGCUUCAAUACCACCCGUCUUUGGCGUGGCUCAGCGUGCCAUAGUGUUACAGGAUAGGCUCUUACUCGACAUGAGCAGCGACGAGUUGAACGGGACGCUCGCGGCAAAGCUAGAAGGGACCGAAAUUCUUAUCUCCGUGUUUUCCCAGUUCGAGUCUUCAUCGGCACAGCAGGGAUACAAACUCGACUUUUUCGUCAUACUCUCGUCCUCCGCCUAUUGA